UUGAGAGCUUAUGAGCAAACACCGCGUGUAGGGUUUCUUUCUUUGAUUGUUUUGGGGCCUAAAAUUCAAAUCACACACCCACAUCCCCAAACCCCCCAACUGAGAAGAAGAGAGUUUGUGUGUGAGAGAGUGGUAGCAUUAGCAUAUCCCCAAAGCCAUCCAUCCAGAUUUGCGCUUCCAUCUUACCCACGCACAACACAACGAUGGAUAGGUAUCAGAGGGUGGAGAAGCCGAAAGCAGAGAGUCCUAUAAAUGAGAACGAGAUACGAAUUACUACUCAAGGAAGGAUGAGGAAUUAUAUCACCUAUGCCACCACUCUAUUUCAGGAGAAAGGAUCUGACGAAAUUGUUCUUAAAGCAAUGGGACGUGCUAUAAAUAAGACUGUAAUGAUUGCUGAACUGAUCAAGAGAAGGAUUGUUGGCCUGCAUCAAAACACUCUAAUCGGAUCAACUGAUAUAACUGACGUGUGGGAACCGCUAGAAGAAGGCCUUCUUCCUUUGGAGACUACUCGCCAUGUUUCAAUGAUCACAAUUACCUUGUCAAAGAAAGAACUGGAUACAUCCUCCACAGGAUACCAACCUCCUCUUCCAGUUGAUCAAGUAAAACCUUUAUUUGAAUAUGAAGAGGAUGGAGAAGGCUCACCGAGGAUGCGAGGAAGAGGGCGUGGUCGUGGAAGGGGCAGGGGUAGAGGAAUUUACAAUGGGGGUAUGGAAAAUGGUGAUGGCUGGGAUGGUGGACGUGGCUUUGGCGGCAGAGGCCGAGGCCGUGCAAGGGGUCGUGCUUUCCGGGGACGAGGACGAGGCUAUGGUGCCCAGCCAGUUGGGUACUAUGACUAUGGUGAAUAUGAUGCACCACCUGCCUCACGGGGCCGUGGACGCGGAAGGGGAAGAGGCCGUGGACGUGGUCAUUAUGCAGGCCGGGGAGCAGCUGCUUGAUAUAUAGUGGGUGUUGAUUAUCAUGUGUAUGUUCUGUCAGAUGGUUGCCCUUCUGCAUAUUAUUUGCGAGAUCUGCUAAUAUUUUGGUAUUAUUUGAAGCGUUCAGUGUUGCAGCCUUGUUCCUGCAGUUUUGUUUUUGUAGUUUUCCUUUGUAACCUCUAUAAUUUUUCCAACAUCGAUAGGUGGAGUUAGUCCUUUGUUUAAAUACUGAAAAAAAAAAAAAUAAAUCAAAUUUGUAACAUUUUUUAAUAGGAAUUAUAGCAUGAAGUUAGUUUCGAAGUUUGCUUCGGUCGAAGUUUCAUUCCUGUUCUUUAAAUUUUGGGUGGGAAUGAUGGCGUCAUAGAUUAGUGUGUCUUUAACGAGCACUUGAAGACUCUAAUUUCUGAUUUUUCUAUGGUCUUUCUUAACUUUUUAAGUCUGAGCAAAUGAAUAUUUGAAUUCUAUGGCAGCAACUUCAGCGUAUCACCUUCAUAUGUGCAUUAGUGAAUCAGUGAUAUCAUAUGUGCAUUUAAGUCAUUAUAGGAACAGAUGUUUGACUUUUUUACUCUUUAUUAAAAUAAAUAUUAUAAUUUUGCUUUCGUAACAAAAUAUUUUAUCUAUUUGUUCAUGUUUGAUCGUUGACUAAGUUGUACUCGAGUAUGAGCUUUGUACUCUAGUUUUUUUUGUGACAUUAGGAUAGUCAUGAAUUUUCUGAGUUUUUGUGACAUAGAGGGUUCUUCAUGAAUUUUUUGAGUUUGAAGGUACUCAAGUAAAAGGCUUAAGUACUCGAGUAUCUUGUGCAAGCUAAGUUUUUUUAUAAAACUUUCAUUUCAGCCAAGAGGGUAUAUCUAAUACUCGUGUACCCUUUCAAAUAGGAGCCAAAAUUUUGUGCGAUCACCCAGAAAUCUUGUUGAAAUCGAUCAGUCCUUCCUAGUUCGUCAUCAGCGUCUCUUUCUUCAACUGAUUGGAAUCAUAUUUAGUUAUAUAUUUGUUUUUUGUUUUUUAUGAAC